GACGUCACCCGGAUCUUGCCGUUCGCGGGCGGCGGAGGAAGUCUGUCCCCGCUGCGCCGCCGUAGCGCUGCUUCUCCUCCCGGGCGGGGCAGCCGAGGAGGGUCUUCGCGCGGCGGCCGCGGCCGGGAAGCAACCGGAGGGAGGAGGAAGAGGAAGAUGCUGCAGCCCCGGCGCUGAGCCUGCCGCCGGUAAGCUCUGGGCGGGCCUCUGCGCAUGUGCAGAGUGCCCCCCACCGCAGCUAGUGCGUCUCCUUGGGCGGGGAGGGGAGAAGCCCCCCCCCCCCAGGUCCCGAGGCCUGUUUGGGGCACACCGAGGAAGCGGGAGGCUGCCGCUGCCCUCCGGCAAGGCGGGCGAAGAACCGGGGGGGGGGCUUAAAAUGAGGGAUGGUCCUCCCCCCCCCCUAGCCAGCACACCUGGGGGGGGGCGCCCAUGAUCUCCCCUCCAUGCCCCUUCGCCCUCCUCGGAUUUGGGCCUCCCCCCUCCCUCCCUGCUUGACGGUAGCGUCUGGUCAGGAGGAGGGAAACUUCCGGCAACAGGAGGGGAGGAGCAGCCCUUUGGGUCCGGCCGCCGCCGCCCUGGAGCCUCUCUGGCUUUGCUCCUUGUGCCUUCGCGCGGAAGGGGAGGGGCUAGGGCAGGGCAGGCUUGGGCUUCUACUCCUUCACUAAAGGCUAGAAGCAGGAGCAUCUCCAUCCCAGGUGAGGGGAGCACCUGUGGCCGGCGGGCGGCGCCCCUCCGGAUGCUGCUGGCCUCCGGCUCCCAUCCUUCUUAUCCUUGCUCUUGAGACUGGAAGGCAACCGCACCUGGGGGACCAGCAGUAGCAGAGAGGCUCCGCCCGCAGGUGACUGUUUCCUGUCCCAGGUGGACGGAACUUGGGGGGCCCUUCUGUCUCCCGUCUUCUGCCGUCAUGCUUGCUUUUUGCACAAGGAAAGCAGGGUGGGUGAAGCAGUUCCAGGUAUUGUGAGAGGACGCCCACCGCCCCACAACCCUUUUUGCACUGCUUUCCUUGCUCCCCACAGUUGCUGUUGGGAGUUGGGUCAGCAGCGGGAGCAGAGACUGCUCCUGUGCAAUGCCUGUUGCCAAUCUCAAAAGCAGGGAGUGGGAAGGAAUUGGCAACUUGCAGCUGAGUCCAGUGCCCUGCAGGGACUCCAUGCACUGUGCCUGCGACUGACAGAAUGUCUGGGAGCUCUGGAACAGUUGCAGAACCUCUCUGGCAUUCACGGCAAAUUCCCUGGAGGAAGCCUGGUGGGCAAGGCAGACAGGCGCCUUCCAGUCCUCAGGUGGACUUGUUGAAGUGCUUCUGACAUAAGACACAGGUGGCAAGCAAUUGAAGGGAGAGAGCAGGAAGCCUAAUAAGGGCAAGGUAAGUGCUCCCCUUUGCACAGUCUCUCUGCAACCCGCUUGCCCUGACCUCAGCCUUCCUGCUUGGUUCACAAGCAAAUGCUCGGUUAGCUGAGUCUGUUGCCAGAGUCAGGCCCAGGAGGACAGAGUUCUGAGGAGGCUGACAGAGAACUCUCUAUUGAGAUAAUCAACACUGGCCUGCUCCUGUUUUGCCAGGAAAAGGGCCUGUGAGUAAUCUCUGCGAGUAAUAUAGGUUCAAAGGGAGAAAACAGAUUUAUAUAUGUAUGAAAAUUAUUAUUUCAUGAGUAAUAUAUUGAGGCAAUAGGUUUAUUAGAGUGGAAAAAUUGGGAAAGGACAGGAAGUCAAAUUUAUGUACUAAAUAUAUCGUAGGAGGACUUAUAUUCUUUUGUUGGAUUUUCGUUUUGACAAAACUGACUUAUGGGAAGUCAAUAGGGAAGAUAUGUAUUUGAUGUACAGAUGCAAGUAUGAACAAUAAAGCAUAUUUUUUUAAAAAGGAAAAGGGCCUGUGGCAGCCGUGGUUGAGCUCUGGUGCUCCCACCUGCCCAGGAAGGUCCACCUUCCCCCAUGAUGGUUUUCGGCCACUGUGCACCUUUCCCAGAAAGCCACCUGGCCUUUAGUAGCUCUUCAGCUGCUGCACUUAAUGUCUUUGUCAGCUGCUACUUUUAGGAAUUUUUAAUUGCAUUUAUGUACAGUCAUACCUUGGUUGUUGAAUGCCCUGGAACUCGGACGUUUUGGCUCCCGAACACCGCAAACCCAGAACUGAUUGUUCCGGUUUGCAAACAUUCUUUUGGAACCCGAAUGUCCAACGGGGCUUCCGCAGCCAAUGAGAAGCCGCAAUAUGGUUUUCGAACGUUUUGGAAGUUGAACGGACUUCCGGAACGGAUUCCAUUGGACUUCCGAGGUAUGACAAUUCCUCCUUUGUGAGCCACCUUCAACUUUUGCAGGAAAGUUGGAUAUUUUUUUUCUAAAACAAGUUAAGAAUCCCCCACUGAUGGAGGAAACGUCUGUCUGGGCAUCACCUUAAACGCCUGGAUGUAUUCCAAGUGGCAGCUGACCCCGCCAAGUUUGCUUCCGUGCUUCAGAGACAGCCGGGCUCUUGAACUGAUCUUUCCUGUUCUACAAGGCUUGGAUCUUCAUCCUGUGCUGUUUACCUUUGGGUAAUGUUUGACAGUGUGGGGUGGUGGUGUUUUUCUCUCAUUUUUCAACCAAAGGACACAAAGUGUUCCCAGCAAGUUAAAUUGGUACACCCAGGCACGUGGCUCUGCUUUUUAACCAGGGACUAUCCAGUGUGUGUGUGAAGAGGAAAAGCAGCAGAGGAAGAGAAGUGGACUUCUCACCACAAACUCACAAAUGCAUGCUGCUCAUUUACAUGCAUAUAUCAUUGGUGAGGUUAAGUGUUGCUCUGAGAGCACAAAGAUUUUUCAAAGUGGUGUUUGCCUCCUGUCUUUGAAUGGUCUACUGAACAUAAACACCAUUUCUCUCUCUGGUUGGGUUGCUGGUUCACUUGUGGGGCUCCCCCCCUUUUUAAUUUAGGCUUGAGCUGCAAGUAGCUUGCUGGGGUAGGGGGCUGUUACCUUGGACCAUAUUGCUAUUCAUUAGCUAUGGAAAACGUCCCUGAAAUUACCUUUAAUUUUGAUGAAGUAUAGGUAACUGCAGCUCCUGCACCAGAGUCCCAGCCCCGACGGCAUGGAGGGACAACUUCUUUCUACUGUCUGCUUUUGGUUGUUGUUUUUUUUAAAACAAACUUCCUGAAUGUCAGUCUUGAUACAGGGGAAGGAUUUGUUUAUGAAGAAACAGAAUUCAAAUCCAAGUUUUAGGAGACCUGGCAUUUGUGAAGCAAAUAAUGACAGUUAAUAAGAUGGCUUUCUUCUGGUUCUGCUUGUUUUGAUUCCCACUCUUGCAAACAAGGGGCUCCUUGACGUUUCUCCUAGGCCUUCUCAUCUGUCACCAUGAACUGCUGACCUGGUAACAAGACCCUGGGAGGCUGCUGAGUGUCUCUCUCUGGCCACACCCAAGCGCAAGAGAAGGGCAUGAGGCAGAGGUGAGGGGGCUGAGCUCUCAGGGCCACCUGGAGAACAAAAGCACCUGACUCAGGCAAUGCGGGAGCAGGGAGGCCCAAGGCCUCGCUUGCCUAGGAAGUGCAUGAGCUAGCCAGUGCUUGGGCCCAGGGGGUGGUGGGUUCGAGGUGAAGACAUGGUGGUAUCCGGAUGCCACAAAAUAAUACAAUCCAGUGUUUCUCAGCUGAGGUGGAAAUAAAACAGGUUGCCCAUCCUGUGUUCUUGAAAUGGGACUUUUGCUCUUGAAACUAGAGCCCCUGAACUUGAAUCUAAUGAUGGCUUGGGGAACUAGCAAGCCAUCCAGCCCCUUUCUUGAGGCUGUGUGUGUGUGUGUGUGUAGGGGGUGUGAUCAAAAAGAGCAGGCAGAAGCCUCUUGGAAUUCUUCUCCCUAAGGAUCUUCCAGAAUAAUUGCAGCCCCUUUCGGUUUUCUUCAUGGUGGGGAAGAAUAACCUAUCCCUCUAUCUGCAUAAAUGAAAUGGGGUGAAUGCGAGGGGGACAGGGGGUGCUACUUCUCCUUCUGUUUGCUUGCAGACAAGGUACUGACAAAAAGCCUUUGCUCUGGCAGAGUCUCACUGCUUCUCCAUUUAUCCUGAAGCCUUUGCAAUUGUGUGCUUUGAUAUCAUUGGAUUAAUCUGCAGGACGAGUUCUGGGCCAUUCAGAGUAAUUAGGCCUUUGGGGUUCCUGGCGGCAGUGAGUGUGGUUCCCUCUCUCCAGUUUGUGGUUUCCCUGUUUUCCAGGUAGGCCUGACCAGAAUAAUGUUCAACAUAAACCCUCUGGAGAACCUCAAGGUCUACAUCAGCAGCCGCCCACCCCUGGUGGUGUUCAUGAUCAGUGUCAGUGCCAUGGCCAUCGCCUUCCUGACUCUGGGCUAUUUCUUCAAAAUCAAGGAGAUCAAGUCGCCUGAAAUGACAGAGGUAGAUCACAAAGCAGUGUCUGUAUUUGCAUACCCCAAGGGUGGAUGUGCUCUGGAGGCUUUGCCUUUUGGGCUGGAGAGAAAUACCACCACGUGGACAGGAAUGAAUUUACUGCCUUAUGGGACAGGAGCCUGGUUUCUGGGGGGGAUGGAGCCAAAAGAUGGCUUGUCUUUGCCCAAAGACUCUGGGCUGCCUGGGUCAGAGGAGUGAGUGGUCCAAAGGCUUAAGGCAGAUUUCAUUUUGAUAAGACAAUUCAGGUGCUUCUGUUCUGCAGCCACCCUCCUAGGACCACAAAUGGGCAUUGACCAUUCAAGUUUGAAAUGAUAAGAAUGGGGAAGGCCCACAAACUUGACAAUUGUCAUUUCAUUGCAUGUCUGUCUGCUGUAGAAUUGUGGGAGGGAGGUUAGAUCUCUUCUGUUUUCUUCUGGGACAUUCUGCCUCCUAAAAGAUGAUAGGAUACUUGUGAAAUUUGUGCUGUGGUCUAAACCACAGAGCCUAGGACUUGCCGAUCAGAAGGUCGACGGUUCGAAUCCCCACGACGGGGUGAGCUCCUGUUGCUCGGUCCCUGCUCCUGCCAACCUAGCAGUUCGAAAGCACGUCAAAGUGCAAGUAGAUAAAUAGGUACCGCUCCGGCGGGAAGGUAAACGGUGUUUCCGUGCGCUGCUCUGGUUUGCCAAAAGCAGCUUAGUCAUGCUGGCCACAUGACCCGGAAGCUGUAUGCUGGCUCCCUUGGCCAGUAAAGCGAGAUGAGCGCCGCAACCCCAGAGUCGUCCACGACUGGACCUAACGGUCAGGGGUCCCUUUACCUUUACCUUUGAUUCCCUAACCAGCUGAAUCAGAAAUGCAGGAUUUCACUGUGAUUUAACUGACUUGAUCACAUUCUGAAGUUAGUUUUGUGUUGGGUUUGGCUCCCCGGAGCUGGUCUUGACACAGAGUGUUUGGCACUGAUGUGGUGAGGGCUGAGAGCCGGAGGGGCACUCAAGACCCAUUUGUCUUUAAGGACUGGAAUACUUUCCUUCUGCGGUUCAACGACCUCGACUUCUGCAUUUCGGAGAAUGAAACGCUAAAGCACCUCAUAAAUGACACCACGACCCCAGAAAGUGCCAUGACCAGCAGUCAGGCCCGUCCUUCCACACCGUCGCCACAGACACUCGAGGAUUCUGGUCCAAUCAACACCUCGGUUGCCAUCACCCUGACGCUGGAUCCCCUCAAGCCCUUUGGGGGCUUCUCGCGGAAUGUCACGCACUUGAGCUCCACCAUUUUCGGACACCAAAUUGGACUCUCAGGUACAACAGGACUCGCAGCUGAAUUCAUGCUGAGCCCUGUGGGAGAUUGCCAGAGGAGCAGAAACAUAGUCCACACACCUCUCUGCAAAUACAGCACCAUGUGUGUCUGUGGCGCUUUACAAGGGAGUGCCCAGGGUGGGGGGUGGGGCAUGCAUUCCAAAAACAGACACCCGGAAAUGUCGGAGAAUUAAGCUGGGAGGGAAGGGGGAAGUAUUUGCAGUUGUUUCAGUUAUGUGUACUUCAGCUUAGACAUGACUAAUUUGGGCCCACUAAUUUUAGUGGGUCUACUCUUGAGUAUUGCGCUCUGCUUCAAAUGAACCCUGAGCUGGCCGGAGCAAAGCUUCUUUGCAGUUCUUUGCAGCUGCAGCUUUCCCCUUGAUUAUUGCUUAUUGAGCAUAACCUGCUUCUACUUUGAACCUAAUUCAAUGUUUUUCUUUUCUCAUCCCCCCUCCCCCCUGCCAAUCCCCCCAAAAGGCAGAGAAGCACACGAGGAGAUCAACAUCACCUUCACGCUGCCGGCUGCCUGGAAUUCGGAUGACUGCGUCUUGCACGGCCACUGUGACCAGGCUGUCUUCACAACCUGCAUGACCGUCACGGCUGCCGCUGGGGUCUUCCCUGUCACAGUGUAAGCAUCUGCUGCUGAGGCGGCUUAACGCCUUCAGGUUUGCCUCUGAGACCCUGAGACAGUUCAAGAAGUGGCUUUCCUUGAGGGUUAUUCAUAUGCUUCUUCAUAUUUUAAAAACUUUUAAUUGGCGUUUUGAUACAUAUAUUUCGAGAAGCAGCAAGCAGAGGUUGUAGUUUAUCCACAUACAGAUUGGGCCCCCUUCCCAAAAAUGAAUGAGUGGUACUUGAGCUGAGGGGAGCAAUCUUGCUAAACAACCCACGGAAUAUUUUUCUCUUCAAUUUGCCCAUGGUUGAUUGAGUGCCUUUGGGCGCGCACAGCUGCAUGGAAGGGCUGCCCCACACCCUUGCAUGGUAAAUGGGUUGCUGGUGCCGGAGGUGGGGUGGGGUGGAGGCAGAGCCAGUUUACAAAGUGGGGCAGGAGCUCAAAGAGAGGGGCUUGAGAACGGGCAGCAUGGGGAAUCAAUCCAUCAAGGUGUUACAGGGGUGUGGAAUGCUUAGCUACCUUAGUGUGGCAGAGUUGCGUCUCAGGCCGGCUUUGUGCUGUGCUUUGACCAACCAAGCUCACCCUUGUCUCUUCGCCCCUCAGCCAGCCACCGCACUGUGUGCCAGAGACGUACAUCAACGCGACCUUCUGGUACAAGAUCUUCACCACUGCGAGGGAUUCAAACACCAAAUAUGCCCAAGACUACAACCCUUUCUGGUGUUACAAAGGAGCUGUUGGCAAAGUCUACCACGCGUUGAAUCCCAAACUGACGGUUAUUGUCCCGGAUGUAAGUGAUGCGGUUACAGUGAAUCGAUCAACGUGCUCAUAUUCUGCAACUGUACAUGCUGGGGGGGGAGGGGAAUCCGCUGUGUCCAAAACACAGCCUUGGGGAUGCUUCCCUCCCCGCCCCCAUCCUUGGUGGAAACUGCAUGUAGAGUUCCUGCAGCCUCAGAAAAAUCUCAGCCCCCCCCCCUCUUUCCUUUGUGCAGGACGACCGCUCCCUCAUCAACCUGCAUUUAAUGCACACUAGCUACUUCCUCUUCGUGAUGGUCAUCACUAUGUUCUGCUAUGCAGUCAUCAAAGGCAGGCCCAGCAAACUGCGGCAAAGCAACUCAGAGUUCUGUCCUGAAAAGGUAGGUGGGCAAGGAGCCCUUGAGUGCCCACGUAAUGGGAUCUCGUUGCCUCAAUUGACUGGGCGGCUUGUGCGCAGCCACCCCAGAGUCAGGCAGGCAUGUGGGGGUGCGGCUCCUCUUCUGGUCAAUGGCUCAGGCAGGGGGAGGGAGUCUCCGAGACGGUCUCCUUUGUGACAUGGGCUGCGAGACAGAACCUUGCCUGAAACCCUGGAGAGCCCAUCUGCUUAAGAGACAGCACUGAGCUGGGUAGAAUCCUGGCCUGCCAGGCUGCUCCCUCUGCCCCAGCCACUCGACCUUACUCAUGCCAGCCUGGUAAAUUAGCCCCAAGAAUAUUAGUGUACAUAAUGUUUUACCAGCUGCCUCCACCUCCUCCUUCAUAGAAUGUUCUGGUGGAGGAGGAUAGGCAGAGUGCUCCAUCCCUCCUUUGCCUUCAGAGUACAAAGCAGGCUGUGGGCUGGCAGAGUGGAAGCCAAGAGCGCUCCCUUCUUUCUGCCCACUUGGUACUGAUGUGCAGCCUUCAGGAAGAGGAUUUUAACUCCUGCAAAUCCUGUGUGAAAGCCCAGCAGAGGAGGAGAGUGACUUGUCUCUCGACUAUCAGUCCGCUUGCCGUCUUUGCUGGCCUUUGCACCCUGCAUGUCCAACACCAGAAUGCAUUGGGCUGGAUUGCUAUGACUUCGCCCAGCCCCCACACUCAGGGAACGAAGGAAAGAAAGGGGCUUCUUUUCCUCCGCAGCCAGUACAGAAGCCAAGCAGGUUUGUAGAGGCAGGAGCAAAGUGUGACCAGCCCCUGCUGCACCAUCCUGCUCACUUUCCUGGGUGGAGCUCAGUGAAGAGCUCAAUGCAAGUUGGACUUGUGUGCAGUUUCUAAUUCCCACCCAGGCCCCACUUCCUAGUUCUGCCCUGACAGGGACAGGCAGGGGCACUGUACCAGCUUCCACAAUGGGUAGCUCAACCCCCCCUUCUUUCUUGGCUUCUCCUCUUCCAGGUUGCUUUCUCAGAAGCGUGACCCCCUGCCUCCUUUCUCCAAAAGUGACAGUGUCUGCUGCAACCAUCGCCUGCCGAACCCAGAACUAGACCCUGGUUCGUUAUGAAUUAAUUAUCUUGUGACGUUGGGUUAUUCCAACCAAAGACGUUUUAAGUGCCUGUAACGGUUAUUUAUAGGAGGCGGAGUCUACUUGGAAUAAGUUAAGCCGAUACAGCCCUGGGCUGUGGGGAGCCUCUUUGCCUGUUCGUGGCAGGCUGUUUUGUGAAGGAGCCAGAGACAUUUCUCUGUGUGUCUGUCUUGCUGCAGUGGGACAGUCCGGAUGCCUUUUGCAAGUGUCUCAGAAAAAGCACCUUAUUUUCCCCCAUGGUCUGUCCAGUGUGUUUGAGGCAGGGCACACCUCUCUGCUACUGUACUGCAGCUCUAAAGCCACUGAGUCAAUGUGUUUGUUCCUCUUUCUUCCCAAUUCCUCCCUGCUUGCAGAAAGAUACCAACAUUUCUAGAUUUCUUUAAAAACAAGACAAAAAAAACCCCACCUGGCAUAUUCAUAUUUUAAUACUGGCUGUAGUUAGGAAAGAUGGCGUACUUGUAAUUUUAGUUUAAGGAAAGCAAGAGCAGCAUCUUCCACUUUGCACUCUGGGUUUGUUUGUUUAAGUGUUGCUAAUUUUUUAAGCCAACACAGGCAGAAUCUCCAUUGGUGCCAUCCUGGACCUCAAAUCAGGCUGCUGCAGUGCACCCCCCUUAAUGCAGAUAAGUGACAUGCUACAGAAUUCCUGGGAUUGCACCAUUCCAGACAGUAUGGCCAGGGUGUAUGAGAGAAAGAUUGGUUUGCUGAACCUGUGUCACCACCUUCCAGUCUGUAGAAAACUAGAAUUUUGAGGCAAGAUUCAAGGCUGUCUGCCUCUCAGACACGCUUGCUUUUUUAGGUGCAGGUAUUUUUUAUCUUCUUAAUGUGGGAAGAUAUUUGAGCGCCUUGUCUGGAAUGAUGCAGUUUUAUUAUCUUCGUGUGUAGGUCAGCUCUUGCUCUUCAGACUGGGAACUUCUGCUGGGCUUUGGUGGGGGGGGGGGCGAGUCCCUGAUGUUGAAAGGAAGUGGCAGCCAGCAUUGGGGCAAGCUGCCCCCUGGGACCAGGCCUGGUGUUUGCCGUGCCUUUUGCUUGCAGAGAGAGAUGCUGAGGGCCAGUUUGUGCUGCAAAAGGAUGCUGUCCAGGCGGGUACAACUCCAGACUCACUCGUUGGAGUGGCUUCCUAGUUUGCACUUCCAGUUUCACUCUUUAAGAAUGUAGAGAGUUCUAGGACAUCGCGCCCUCCCCCUGCUCUGAAGACAUUGCUGGUUGCCUUAAUGGGCCCCCCUUCAGCUUCCCUCUCUGGUGGCAGCCACGGCAUCUUUCCAUAUCAAAGCAACCCUGUUUCUUCUCCCACGAUAGUUUUGAGAAUGACUUUUUAGCGUUUGCACAGAAGGACGUGAUGUGUGGCUUUGCUUUCAUUGGGAAGAGUUCCUUCGUCUGUUGUCUGUUCAUUUGCUUGCUUGGUGUCUUGUCACGUCUCCAAGAUAUGGGGAUGAUCUCCAGAGACCUUCGGGAUCUAGGAUUGGGCAAGGAGUCUGGUAGUGGAUUAAAAAAUAAAAUGCAUCCUCUUCAAAUUAAAAUCCCAACCAAACAGAAGUUUUAAAUGGAAAAUAGAUUGUGGGCUGCAGAAGAAGAAUGUUGUUUCUCUUAACUUUUGCUUUUAUGGUCCGUUCUAGACCAUUGUAGUUAGUGGUUCAGAGCUGAUCUGCAAGGAGGAGGAGGAGGAAGGGCUGGUGGUGGGCAUGUAGAAGUCAGACACUUCCAGGCAGGAGGGUACAAGUGGAAUGUGACAGUGGCUGUUCGGAUCAUAUUGAUCUUGCCUCUUUUCUUUUUCAUUUUCACUAUUACUUGAAUCAGUUUUGAUUCUGUUUGUUUCCUCGUUAGAAACCUGCCAUUCCAAUUUGCUUCUCUGGCAUGAUAUGAAGGUUUGUAAUUUCCCUAUUCUCCCCCCCACCCACCUACAGCUUCCUCUGCAGGAGAUGUUGUAGAGUUAAGGUGGCAUUUGACUUACCUUUGGGCUUGGUGGUCAGUAACUGAAUUGUUAAUGACAUUUCUCUCCUAGGUUAAUUUUUUGUGUUUGUAAGAUGUGGAUAUUGCUUUGCAAAAUAAAAGUUUAUUACUAUCAUUCAGU